AUGCGAUCUCGGUGGCUGAGGCCAUUCGGUCGACAGAAUGUCCCAGACAUUCCCGAGAAGAGGGAGGUGACUGCGGAACAAGACGCAGGUUUCUUGAGCAAACUUUGGUUUGCUUGGCUCAGCCCGCUCAUGACGAUUGGAUAUCGACGACACCUUGAACGCAAUGAUAUCUGGACAGUGUCAGACGCAAGGCUCAUGGAUACGCUCCAACCGAGUCUUGACGCGGCCUUUCGACGACGAGUAUUGGCUCGCACUCGCCUUCCUCUCCUAUGGGCACUCUACGAGGUCUUCAAAUUCGACUUCUGGCUCGGCGCUGUCAGUCAAUUCCUCGUGUCGACCCUGCAGGUGAUGACGCCCUUCACGCUGAGAUUCCUUAUUGAGUGGGUUCAACAUGCCUACCCUGACGGACACGACACACGCGGUUCCACGUCAGUAUCGGUUGGCAUAGGAUAUGUCCUCGGGAUCGCGGUUUUGCAGAUGCUUCAAACUUUCGCCUCGAGUCAGUUUUACUAUCGGGGCAUGCUGCUCGGUGGACAGACACGCAGCGCUUUGAUAGCCAUGGCCUUUAACAAGUCACUAAAGCUUUCUAACAGGGCCAAGGCUGGAGGUCAGAUAGGGAGCGAGGUAUCGGGACCCUACGGUGACAUUCCCUGUUGGACAGAUGAGAAAGGCUGGUCCAACGGGCGUGUGAUGAGCCUGGUCUCCAAUGACACCGCCCGCAUCGAGCAGGCACUGGCAGCUUUCCACCUUUCAUGGCUAUCGCUUUACCAGCUCAUACUGACAGUUGCGCUCUUGGUUUAUAAUCUGGGCUGGACAGCGUUGCCAGGAGCAGCCACUCUCAUCUUCGGUCUCGCCGCCGUGACGUACGCUACGAGACCGCUGGUGGCAAGCCGAAAUCGUAUCAACAUAGUCACUGACCAGCGUGUCACACUUACGCAAGAGAUCCUCCAGAGCAUCCGCUUCGUAAAGUACUUUGGCUGGGAAGGCUUCUUUCAGGACCGUCUACGAAACAUCCGAGCGUCCGAAACCCGAGCCUUGCGCAUCAUGCACCUGAUCAGGUGUGCCGUGGGAACCCUCGCCCAGUUUCUACCUGUGCUUGCCAUCAUGAUCACAUUCAUCGUGUACGCGGUUGUGAAUGGUAGUCUUGAUCCAGCGGUUGUCUUUUCGUCCUUAGCGAUGCUGUACCUUCUGCGAGUCCCGACGAAUUGGUUGCCCGUAUCCCUGAGCCUUGCUGCCGACGCAUUCCAGUCGAUCAAGAGGAUCGAGUACUUCCUGCUCGCUGAAGAAGUACAAGCACAAGCAGUCCCAGACGCUGGUCUUGCUCCAGCUGUCAAACUCAGCAAUGCCUCUUUCACGUGGGAGAGCCCACCAGCGAACGAGGAGGGUGAAUCGCCAAAGGAUAAAGAGAAGAAGAACCGCCUAUCCAGAGCUAUGAGGAGACAACGAGCGGGAAACGAAAAGAAAGUAGUUGAAACUUCGGAUACACAGGUCCGCCCAGUCCGGGAUAGCGACGUGCCGUUCUCUCUGAACGAUAUCUCCUUAGAGUGCCAGCGAGGCGAGCUGGUUGGAAUCAUCGGAAGUGUUGGAUCCGGCAAGACAUCCCUUCUCAGUGCUCUUGCAGGAGAUAUGAGGCAGACUGGUGGCGUCAUGCAGUUUGCUGCUGACAGGGCAUACUGCCCCCAGUAUGCUUGGAUUCAAAACGCCAGCGUCCGAGACAACAUCACUUUUGGGAAGCCGUUCAACCAGCAGCUUUAUUCCGAUGUUGUGCACGCCUGCGCUCUGUUGCCGGACUUUGAACUCCUACCACAUGGCGAUAUGACAGAGAUAGGUGAGAGAGGUGUGACCCUAUCAGGGGGGCAAAAGCAACGCAUUAAUAUCGCCCGCGCCAUAUACUCUGACGCUGGCAUCGUACUCCUCGACGAUCCGCUUUCAGCUGUUGAUGCGCAUGUAGGUACACAUAUCUUCAACGAGGCCAUAUGCGGUUUGCUCAAGAACAAAUGCCGGUUCCUGGCAACGCAUCAUCUGCACCUCCUGUCCCGGCUUGAUAAGAUCAUAUGGAUGAUCGACGGGCGAAUUGAGGCCAUAGGCACCUACGAAGAACUGAUGAAGUCUCACUCUGCCUUCACCAGCCUGGUCGCCGUUGGGGGACAUCAGCAAAAGGAGGCUGACAGCACCGAUGAAGGUAAGAAGGGGGAUUCUGUCGGCCCAGAUAACACAACGACGAAAGCCGAGGUCUUGAUGCAGGAAGAGACCAAGAUUGUUGAUAGCGUCCCCUUCUCCGUAUAUGUCUCGUGGUUGCGGGCUUCUGGUUCCCUUUGGAAUGGCCUUGCAAUGGUGGUUGGACAGCUCCUUUUCCGAUCAUCAAGCAUUUUGGGAGGAUUAUGGCUCUCGUGGUGGGUGGACAACAAAUACGGCCUCACGCGCGGUCAGAACAUUGGUAUAUACGCCGGCCUGAGUCUCGCUCAAUGUGUCCUAGUGUUCUCGUCUUCGCUCAUCACCUGCUUGGUCUGUAUCAAGUCGAGCCAGGUCAUGUCGAACAAUGCGCUUUGGCAGACUCUGAGGGCGCCCAUGUCCUUCUUCGACACGACCCCACUUGGUCGCAUUAUAUAUCGCUUUACAAGAGACAUCGAUGCGCUAGAUAACAACUUGGUCGUUGCCGUACAGCAGCUUCUGAUCAACGUAGCGGCACUUUUGGGCUCCUACAUCCUCAUCGUUGCCUACUUUUACUAUGCAAGUCACCUUGCACUGCUUCUUUGUCGAAUGAUCAAGCUGACGGAUAGUAGUUUGCCAUCGCCUUGGAGCAGUGCGCGAGAGCUGAGGCGGCAUCAAUUAAUACUUGACGGCGUGGUCUUUGCUCGUCUCAACGAAGCUCUUAUUGGAGCUGCUUGUAUUCGCGCCUACGAUCGGGAGCUCCAGUUCGUCAAACUGGUGCAUGAAGCCAUCGAUGACAUGGACAGCGCCAACUUCCUGACUUUCGCGAGCCACAACUGGCUGUCGGUUCGACUUGACAACAUCGGUAUCUUACUGAACUUUGUCACUGGGAUUCUCGUGGUUACCAACGCACUACCUGUUGCGCUCAGUAUCUCGGGUCUGCUGCUGACUUACAGCAUGUCCAUGGUUGGCAUGAUGCAGGUCGUGGUGAAGUAUCUGAUUGAGGUCAACAAUUCCAUGUCGAAUACAGAGCGUCUGUUCCAGUAUACAAAUUCUCUGCACCAGGAAGCACCCCUCGACGGCGGCAGUGUCCGUUCUACGUGGCCGGAGCAUGGAGCGAUAGAAUACGAGGCCGUGCAGAUGCGCUACCGCCCUGGUCUUCCGCUGGUGGUUGACGACUUCUGCUUGAGGAUUGCUGGUGGCGAAAGACUCGGUAUCGUAGGCCGCACUGGUGCUGGAAAGAGCACUAUUCUUUCAACCCUCUUCAGAUUGACAGAGAUUUCUGGCGGGCGCAUUACCAUUGAUGGUGUUGAUAUUGGCCAGAUUGGUCUUCACCGGCUCCGAAGCGCUUUGGCGAUCAUUCCACAAGAUCCCACUCUCUUCCAAGGCACUAUUCGCUCAAACCUGGACCCUUUCAACAAGCACACAGAUAUGGAACUAUGGCGUGCUCUCCGCGAGGCACAUCUUUUACCAGACGCAGAAAAAUCAUUCCCUAUGCCUGAGGAAGAUACCCAGGCAAGCAGUGUCUUUGAGAGGGAGGAACCAGACAGCAGUGGCUCUGGCAAACCCCGUGAGACGCGUGUGACACUCGACACGGCUGUUGAAACCGAAGGCCUCAAUUUCUCUCUUGGACAGCGACAGCUGAUUGCACUUGCUCGAGCACUUCUUCGCAACACGCGUAUCGUGCUGGUGGAUGAAGGGACGAGCAGCGUUGAUCCUGAGACCGAUGCACUUGUGCAAGAGACACUAGCGACAGGCUUGGGAGGAAAGACACUGAUUGCUAUUGCACAUCGUCUUCGUACGGUGAUACAGUAUGAUCGAGUAUGUGUCAUGGAUAAGGGUAAGAUUGUUGAGCUGGGGCCGCCGCUGGAUCUAUGGGAAAAUGGGGGCAUUUUCAGAGCUAUGUGUGAUAGUAAUGGCAUCACGCGAGAGAUGUUCAUAGGUGCCUAG